CGGAUGCCCUUCACUCACAGAAUUUUGUCGAUGGCCAGUAUCCGUUGUCCACGUCACCAGGGGUCCCUCACCUUCGCUGCAACCGCAGGGCCAGCGAGGCCAGCAUAGCCAGCCAGGUGUCCGGCUUAGCCGACGCUUACACCGCCUCCAACAUCGCCACGAUUGCAUCUCGGUGGUGGGGCGGGAAGAGGAUGGACUACGCCCUGUACUGUCCCGAUGCCCUGACAGCGUUUCCAACAGUGGCUCUGCCUCAUCUCUUCCAUGCCUCCUACUGGGAGUCUACAGAUGUUGUCUCCUUCCUGCUUAGACAG